AUGGAAUGGGAUUGGGGAGUCCCCAACCAGACCCAAGCUGGUCCUGUCCUGGGGGACCUGCUGGGGGACCACGUGGAGGGAAGAAACAGCAGCAACUCCACCAGGGCCCUGAAGCUUCUGGAUGGGACCAGUGCCGCUUGGUAUAUCCUCACCAUCUUUGGCAUCUACGGAGUGAUUUUCCUCUUCCGAUUGGCCAGCAACAUCCUCAGAAAGAACGAAAAGUCCUUGGAAGACAUUUAUUACUCCAAUCUGACAUUUGAAUUUGAAAAGAAAAGGCUCCAGAGCAAGGCAGCCAGAUGCUCUUCACUGACCAUUAGCAACAGAGCUGUCCUGCAGCCCAAGCAGGCCAGCCCGGAGACAAAGGGUAGGAACAGCAGCCCCCACACUGAAAUCCAAGAGAUCCCUUGA